AAUUUGAAGCAAAAACAAGAAAUUUCACGGAGUUGUGCAAAUCAGAAGAAAAAAUAGAACACGCAGUUACAGUAGCAAAUGCUAUAGAAUAUAAUGAAGAAGCAACUAAUUCAAGCGAUGUAUUUCAACGAAUUACAGUUCAAGGGACAGUUGAGCAGUGCACGAAAAUCAUUACUGAUGAGGUUGAACCUCAGAUUGACGUCGAUGCACAGUCUGCUUCAAGUGAAAGUGUCACGGGAAAUAUUGUUUGGAGAGGUCAAAUGGAUCAGUGA